CAGAGGCACUGAGAAGGCUUUUGACCCUGAGAUACGUUAAGAUGAAGACUGUCAGCAUGAAGAUUGUUGUUCUACUUGGAUUUGUGAUGCUUCUCUCUAUUGCUUUGGCUGAGCAUGAGCAUGGCCAUCAGCAUGUCAUUGAGAAGCGCUCUUCAAGUGAAGAGCGUGUCCGUGGCCCUGGCCCUGGCCGUGGCUUUCCAAACUUUUUCCAGCAGUACAACUACCUUCUGCUUCUGCAAAGACUUGGUCUUGUCCCAGCCCCUGCAGCACCAGCCCCAGCUCCAGCCCCAGCCCCAGCUCCAGCCCCAGCCCCACCCCAGUCCCAGCUCCAGCCCCAGUCCCAGCCCCAGUCCCAGCUCCAGCCCCAGCCCCAGUCCCAGCUCCAGCUGGUCGCUGAAAAGUACAUGAAUCAGAAACUUCAACUCAACAAGAGCAAGCUAUGGUUGAUGAAAUGA